CUUCUGCCCGGGGAAAGUGGGCGGGGCCGGGUCCCUGCAAGGCUUCCAUGGCCGGGCGGGGCGCCUUCGCGGCCGCAGGACCCCCCAGCAGCCCGGCCGAGGAAGCCAACCCCUUCUCGUUCAAGGAGUUUGUGCGGAGCAAGAGCCAGAACGCCCCCCCUGCGGCCGUGCCCAGGGCUAAAGGAGGCCGCGGCGCCAGCCCCCAGGAACCCGGCCGGUCCUCCCAGCUCCUGGAGGACGACUCCUUCUCUCCUGAUUCUUUGACGCUCAGCCUGGGCCUCCGAGAGCCAUUUUUCCCCGAUCCAACAGUCACCGACUCCUUCCUGGAUGACGACGAGGACGAGGAAGAGGACUGGAGCAGGACCUACAAGCCUUCGGCCGUGGAGGACACCCACCACGCCUCCAGGGCACCCGGCACCUCACGGAGCAGCUGCUUCGAUUCCUACUACGGGGACCUUUCCACCUUUUCUCCAUGGCAGCCGGCAGGGAAGCGCGGUCCCCCACGGGACCCUCGUCGGGACGGAGACGACAGUUCGCCGGCUGACGGGGCGGCUUUAGGAGAGGGCUUUUACCCACCUCUGCUGCCGAGUUAUGAAGAAUUGAAGCAAGAAAAUUCCAGAUUAAGAAGUAAGAUCGGCCAUGUUCAAGCUGUUUCCGAAGCUCAAACAGAAAGGGCUAGGAUAAAGGAGCUGGAAAGAACGCUGGAGGAAAGCAAACGGAAAGAAGAGAAGGAGGCCCGAGACUUGGAGGCGAUGGUUCAGCAGGUGGAAGAAAACCUCCAGCUGAUGACGAAGCGAGCCGUGAAAGCAGAAAGCAACGCCGUGAGGCUGAAGCAGGAGAACGCUCUCCUUCAGGUUCAAGUCGAGAACUACCGACGGGAGGGCGAAGCCUUGAAACGUGGCCACGUGGCCAACCUGGCUGUAGUGAAACAGAACACCGAUGUGGCCUUACAGAACCUUCUCGCUGUUAUAACAAAGUCCAAAGUCUCCAUCAAGCAGCUGAUCUCCGGGGCGGAAGAACUGCAGCUUGUGGUGGAUCUCUUGAAGUCUCUCGACAAAAUCUCCGAGUUGCCCCAAGAUUCUCCUUGAAAUCCCCGCCAUGGAUGAUGGAGCAGACUUUUUAGAAGACCUUUCUGCUGUCGUUCUUUAACUCCCCGUGCAUGGGUACAAGAAUGGAAACCCCCCCAGAUGUGGCGUCCAGAUCCCCUUUCCAUGGCCUGUUAAAACAGUGUGUGGGUCGUCUUAAUUCUUGAUUUUCCCCCCUCGGGGGCGGCUGAGAUGCUGCAUGGAUGCUGGUCUAACGGGUCGGCCAAGCGUUGAUUCGUCUCGAGGGUCACGCUCGGCCUCCUUCCCUAAAACACGGAAGCACCUUCACUGUAUUUGUCUGUUCUGGGUAUCGGGGCCAUCGCUAUCUUUUAUCCUGUUUUUGUACAGUAAAGUAUUUAACGAUCCCUCUGGAUUCUAUUAGAGCGCUAUUUUCAAAUUAAAAUUAAA